AUGCAUCACAACGUAAACUCAUUGGUAACGCGUAUUGUGACUGAAUGGAAAAUGUUUUUGACGAAUGAUUAUGACUUAAUUGAUGCGAAUGAACAAGCAUUGCAGUCGCCACAGCUAGUGCAAGUGUUUUGCCGUCCUGUAAACAGCAGAAACGAAGCAGUAUGUCGACGAUGGUUCAGGGCACCUGUUGAAAAUACGCCUGAAAUGCAACGACAACUCGCGCAAACACUCGAUGUGACAUUCAGCGAUGGCUUCGUGGCUAGCGAUGUGAGC